AUGUUCUCUAAUCACGAAGCGUUUGGAACCGUGUUGGAUGCCGCAAUCGAAGCGGAUGAAAAUGACAAGGAGCGAAAACCCAAAAAGAAACGUGGUGAGUUGUCUGUGAACGAUCAAAUUACUUUCCUUAAGAAUGCCCAGGGUCUGUCUCCAUCUGUGAUGGGAAAGGAUUUUGUAAACAAGAUAGAUGAAGCCUAUGCAAAAGACAUGGAGGCGAUCUCACGAGGUGAGAACGCACUCAGCAGAAUUUCGAUGCUCAAGGAGAUCGAAAAGCGCUUAACCGAUGUGGACUUCGCACGCUGCUGCCUAGCGAGUCAUUUUAUGACCGUUAUCGCGGCCUGGCUCCGACCGGGCAACUUGGGUAAUCUUCCCCCAAGCACAAUCCGCACGAGCAUCUACAACGUGCUGUAUUCUCUGCCAAUCCGCAAGGAAUACGUGAAAGAGGCCGGCAUCGGCGAAUUGCUUGUGAAGUUGUGGCGCAAUCCCAAGGAAACGAAGGAGAACCGGAAGAUUCUCCACAUGAUCAUAGAGAAGUGGCUUCGAAUCGUAACGGGCAUGGCGUCGACGUUCAACGAAACUGACAACGAUGAGAUGGAGGAUUUGGCUCUGGAGAAACAGGAGUAUUUGAAGCAUGUUCGACGAGUUCGGGAGCCGGGAUGUGCGGAUUGGAGAGCAAAAUCAUUUAUAGUCACACAGGAAGAGGAAGACCGAUCGAUUUUUGCGAUGCUUCCAAACGGCAACCUGAACGUUUAUUUGAACGAUGCUCGACCAAUGAACAUUCCUCAUGUCGCUCCGUUAAAGUGA